CAAAUAAAAGAAAAUACAUAGUUGUGAAAGAGAAAUGGAGGGAACCCCAAAAUUCAAAUCCUCCAACUUUGGCCCUCAAUCUUCACUCCGCUUUUUCAGAAUCGGGAAUGACGCCGGAAAAUCUCCUCCAUCUCCUCCAAACAACCCAAAAAUGCACCUUCGGCUGUCCGAUCAUCGACCGCUCCGUCGGCGGCGGCGUCGCUUGUAGCUCCCUCACUGAAAUCGUCGCCGAAAGCGGCUGCGGCAAAACCCAACUCUGUCUCCAGCUCUCUCUCUGCGCUCAGCUCCCUCUCUCCAACGGCGGCCUUAACGCCUCAUCUCUCUACAUCCACACCGAGUUCCCUUUCCCUUUCCGACGCCUUCAACAGCUUUCCCAAGCAUUUUCCUCUUCAUAUCCCCAAUUUUCUAAUCCCUCCGAUCACAUCUUUGUCGAGCCUGUUCACUCUGCCCACCAACUGUUCGACAUAAUGCCCAAGAUAGAAUCCUCCCUUGAAAAUCGAAAUUCCCAAUUACCCAUCAGGCUUAUUGUGAUCGAUUCCAUUGCGGCCUUGUUUCGCUCUGAUUUCAACAACACCCCGUCUGAUCUCAAGAGGAGAUCGUCUCUGUUUUUCAAGAUUUCUGGGAAGUUGAAGCUAUUGGCUAAGAAGUAUUCUUUGGCUGUUGUGUUGACGAAUCAGGUGGUUGAUUUGAUGGGUUCUUCUGAUGGAUUGAAUGCUUUGAGAAUUGGGAAUUUGAAGUUCUUGUGUUCGUCGGAACGACGCGUUUGCCCGGCAUUGGGGCUGGCGUGGGCUAAUUGUGUCAAUUCAAGAUUGUUUCUGUCAAGAAAUGAGGAAGUUGUUGGGGAAGGUGAAGGGAUGAUGAAUGGAAGUGAAUUAGUACAAAGAAGAAGAACAAGAAGAUGGCUUCAUGUUGUUUUUGCACCACAUUUGCCUAAAUCAUCUUGUGAAUAUGUAAUCAACAGAGAAGGGGUUGUGGGAGUUGAAAGCCAAUGACAUCUUCUUAUAUAUGAACUUAUUGAUUUUGUGUGAAAGAGCUAAAGUUAAAGUUUGUAUAAUGAUGGAUGAUUUGGUUGUGAUGAAUUAUAGAACAUUGAGUUUGUGUAAACUAAGUUUUGAUUAAAUUUUUCUUUGGGUUUAUUCAAACUCAUGACAUGUC